UUCAGUACAACCUCACAUCAAGGCUUUCACACAUUCUCCUCUGAGGCUGAUCACUAACAGGACACACUGCAGUCUGUUCACAGCAGCACAUGUUGGGUUGUUUUUGAGGGGAAAACUUUGAAAGCUGCUGAGUGGAUCAACAGAGGCUGAACAGUGAGCAAUGGAAGCUGUAGUUGGACUGCUGUUGGUGUUGUUUGGAGUCUCUCAUGGUGUGGAAACUCACUGUGAUGGCAGACAGAACAGAACUCAGUGUUAUGGAGCUUUGGGAGGAAGUGUGGACAUCCAGCUGAUAGACAGCAGUGCAGAAAUACCUAAAUAUGAUCUGUUAAAGAAUUCAUUAAGAAUACUAGAUGUGAGAAAUAAUAAGGUUAUUCUUAAUACCAUAAAACAUAGCUCUGUUUUUCCCAGUAAUGGAACAUUUAGGAUCAAUAACCUGAGCAGGAAUGACAGUGAUGAAUAUACACUUCAAACCUUUGAUUCAGAUGGACAAAGAACAGGCGAGCGGACUCUACAUCUGUUUAUUCAAGCUCCUGUGUCCUCUGUCCUGCUGGUCUCUGAGUGUCUGUCCCAGGGAGAGAUGAGGGUGUCCUGCUCCUCUGAGGGAGGGGACAGUCCUCAGUACAGCUGGACUCUGGAUGGACGCACACUGACAGAUGCUGAGCUCCUUUCUAGAAACAAUGAGGGUAACAACAUCACUCUGAAACAGCACGUCUCAGGACAUCUGGUCUGCUCAGUCAGGAACAACGUCAGUGAUGUCUCCAAAGGACAGAGGAUAUCUACCUGUGGCUUCAUUUUCAUUAACUGCACCUCAACCAAUGGGACACAGAUAUUUGGGUGGGUGUAUGAAGCCAAUAACACUCUAUGUGUUAAACCGACAACAAACCCUACAACAACCACACAAACUGCGGGGGGUAAGGAGACUGACAAAGUGUCAAUUGAACCCACUAAUAUCAGCAGUGAUACCCCAUGGUACAUUAGUUAUUUGCCGCUGAUUGGUGGAGUUCUCUCAGCACUAAUAAUUUUCUUAGUUGUGGGUGUUGCAGUGAUCUGUGCUCAGAGGAAAAAACAAAGCAGCAAACCUACAAAACACAAAGAGGAAGACGAUGACCAGGAUGUAACCUACGCUGAUGUCAGAAUCAUGAAUCGUCAGGGGAAGCAAGUGGCUCAAACAGCACAGGCGGAAGUGGAGGUGGAGUACGGCCAAGUCAGGUUUUCAAAGCGAUCUCGAAACUCUCAACCAAUAGGAGAUGAUUGUAUGUACGCCCAGGUGCAGAAAGUCAGGUGAUUUAAGUAUCAGCACUGUUAUACGGACUGCACCACAGACGGUCCUUAGAGGGAGGAGCUGAUGUCAAAAUACAUUAAUGUGUUUUAUUAAAUGCAGUUUCCCAGAAAAACACAAACCAUCGGAACUCAGAAGUAUUUUUUUUUUAACAGGGUAUAAAUGCAUCAUUUCAUAUGAGGUUACACAGGCACAGUUAGUUUUGUAGCUGUUUAAUACUUCUAAAAAUUAUUAUUCAUUUUCCACUCAGUUUUAUAUUUAUAUAAUAGUUUUAUAUUAUCUAUAAUUUACUCACAUAUUUUAUUUUGCUGUUGAAACACCGAUAGACUGAAUUAAUAACACAAUUUUAAUAAUGCAAUUUGGACUAAUUUAAUCCUUAAAAUGAUUACUUUUAAUCUAAUGCCAUAAAGCUUAAAUAAUAAAAAAAAUUCAGUUAUGUUUAAUGAAUAUGUAAUUAUUAAACAGAUGUCAGUAAUUAUUUGAGAGACAAAAUACCUCAAAUAAGUUAUUGGCACAGUGUGAUUUGCAAAAACAGAAUUAUUAAUAGUUGGGUGCACUGUGUGGGUGGAGGCUGUCGUCCGUUGGCUCUCCGGUCCAAAGAUAAAUUUACAACAAAGUGUUUCUCAGGAAGUUCACAGUAAGCAGACGUGUGAGCGGAUUUGUUUCCAUGAUGCACUUCUGCUUUUUUUCUCAGUCGUUAGUUUUCAUUCUUUUCUUUCCUGCUCAAACUAUUUGGAUAAGACAGAAGUGAAAUAUACACUAAGUGCAAUAAUACAGUGGAGUGUGUGUUGUGUUGUUUAAUUGUGACACUGGCUGUAAUAUAAAAUAAUAAUACGUUUUGUUCCAGUGUAAUGAGACCAUCAGUCUUUUCAAUACCUGUUAGAUUAUGUCUCUAAAUUGCCUUCAAAUACAAAAUGACAUCAUAUAAUAAACUUUUAAAUCUACUAUUUAAAGUGUAUUUGUGACUACACUAAAAUCUGUUCAGUAAACUAGAAGGAAGAAAGGCUGGUUGAAGGAAGAAAACUUUUUUACUGCAUGUGAAAUGUUUAUCAUUUAACAGCAUCGAGUUAUGUUUUCUAUAUUUAGUCUGAUCGUACUUCCUAUGUGUUUGUGGUUUCGAGUUUAAUAUGUACCUGUGAGAAGAGUUUCUUCAAACAGUUCAUGGUUUUAAUGAUAUUUAUGUUUUAACUUUCAAGUUUGGGGGAUUGCUGAUAUUCAUUCAAAUAAUUUAGAGUAAAAAAAAAGGUCAACUGAACAAAAGCCUGCUGAAAUAGAUAUUUUAGUAUUAAUCAACAGUUAAUCUCAGGAUGGAAAGUUAUUUUAGCCUUGGUUAAAACCAAACUACAUAAAAAUAAUGGUUCAAAUAAAUAAUGAUAAAAGGCGAAACACAGUCAAUAAUAGGAUAAUGUACACGUUGAGUCCAGUAACUCCUCAAUUCAAGAUUACAGAGAUUCAGGAUUCAAAGGUUUUCUUGCUGAUUGAGUGUCAGACAGAUGCAGCUCAGUGAACAGUGAACGUUUCACAAACAACAGGUUUUCAUACCCGAGCAGAAUAAGGCUGUAUAGGGUCAUUUACCAACACCCCUGGUGUGAGUGUGUCAGUCUGUCUCACAGGAAGUUUAGUAUCAUGCUCCAUCCAUCCAUCCAUCCAUUCGCUUCCGCACAUCCUGUUAAGGGUCACGGGGGGGGCUGGAGCCUAUCCCAGUUGUCACAGGGCGAGAGG